AUGUCGCGCGCGAGCCUGGCGCUGUGCCUGGCCGCGAAUCACCUCCGCCUCUUCGCCCCCGCCGCUUCCUCGGCAUCGUCGCGGACGUGGCGGCGAAAAGACCUAAACCCGUUCGUCGACCGCGCGCGCGACGCGUCGUCCGUGACCCGCUUCCCCGCGUGCGGUCGAGCCGUCCCAGGGGCAUCGGGCGGUGCGAAAAAAAGAGGCACCGACGUCGUCGCCAUGGCGUCGCUCCCGAAGGGCGAGGGAGCGCAGGAGCUCAUCGCGCAGUCGUGCGCGGCACUCGGCGCGUGCUCCAGGGACACGCCCAAGCUGACCGCGGAGGAAGUCCAGAUCCGGCUCAAGGCCGUGCCGACGUGGACCCUGGAUCCGUCGGGCGCCGCCAUCUCCCGUUCGUUCACCGCGAAGAACUGGCAGUGCGCCGUCGACUUCGUCAACGCCCUCUCCGCCGUCGCCGAGGAAGAGGGACAUCACCCGGAUGUGCACCUGACCAACUACAGGGACGUGCGGGUGACCGCCAGCACGCACGCCAUAGGCGGCUUGUCCCUCCACGACUUCGUGCUGGCCGCGAAGCUGGAUACCAUAGACGUGACGUACUCGCCCAAGUGGUUGCGCGAGAACGCGGAACCCGUCGGGGAGUGACACAGCUGUGACGAUUCGAUUAGCGUCGCGACGUGAUGAUAAAGAAGAGGUCGCGCCAACGCGAACCGGUGUGUAAUAAUGAGAUGAGAUUGGGACUAA